CCUUUCCUCCUCUUCUUGGUAUUAUGAAACAUUUCAUCUUCUCAUCUGGGUACUGAUCAAAAUUCUAUCUUUCUUUGAAUAUUCAAUUUUUUUGUCUCCUCUGUUUUUUUUCUUGUAAUAAAACCCCAACAAAAAAAACGAGAGGCCUUUUCAAAGUCUAUCUGUAAAUGGCGAUGCAUUCCUUUACUACUAAUACUACUCUAUGAAAGCUCCUAGUGUUCAUUCGUCUUCUUUAAAGCUCUCACUUUCAUCUCCUUUCUUAUUGAUUGAUACACACUCUCUUCCAACUAAUUUACACACGUCGUCGUUUUGCUGGCUUCUUCUCUCUUCAGAUUGGCUUUGAUGGAUUAAUAAUGGGAUUUAAUAGAUCGUCAAUAAAGGAAAGAUUGUGGUUAUGGAUUCUCGAGGUGACAGUUCCAGGUUUGGACAGUAUCCGACAAUGUCUUCUAGGAACAUGUCUUCAUCUUCCUCAACUGCUUUCUUCUCAGCUAACCAAUCUCCUUCAAGAUCUCCCCAAUUCCAUCAAGAACUAUCAGAAUCCACACGGUCUGAUGCUCAUUGCGACAGCUUCGAUCCUUUUAUCUCCAGCUCUGCCUUUCAAGACCCUGAGCUCGAAUUGCAUCCUCCUCAGGCUGAUCAUAACGCUUGCACGUCUUCCGUAUCAGUUUCUUACAAAAGAGUGAGAUGUCACGAUGUGUUCUUGGGUUUACACGGUCAGAACCCUUCUCUGCUGCGUUUCGCGGACUGGCUCAGAGCCGAGUUAGAGCUUCAAGGGAUGAGCUGCUUCACGUCAGACAGAGCAAGGUGCAGUAGAAGCUCUAGGAAACAGAGAGCAAUCGAGAAAGCGAUGGACGGAGCUUCCUUCGGAGUCAUCAUCCUAACGAGACGUUCUUUCAAGAACCCUUACACGAUCGAGGAGCUCCGGUUUUUCGCCGGGAAGAAGAACCUCGUCCCUGUUUUCUUCGACCUCUCGAGAGAGGAGUGUCUCGCGAGGGACAUAGUCGAGAAGAGAGGAGAGUUGUGGGAGAAGCACGGAGGCGAACUGUGGGAAUGUUACGGAGGGGUCGAGAGAGAGUGGAGAGAGGCGGUCCACGGGCUUUCCCGCGUCGUCUUAGUGGAUGAAUGGAAGCUCGAGGCUCGUGAAGGUAACUGGAGAGAGUGCGUGUUCAGGACGGUUAGGCUACUAGCUACGAGGUUAGUAGGGAGGAGAAGUGUGGUGGAGAGGUUGGCGAAAUGGCGAGAUAAAGCGGAGAAAGAGGAGUUUCCGUAUCCGCGGAACGAGAGGUUCGUUGGGAGGGAGAAGGAACUAUCAGAGCUGGAGUUUGUUUUGUUUGGAGAUAGAGAGGAUUACUUCGAGUUAAAGGCGGCGACGACGAAAAGGAAGAGCAAAGGUAAAGAGAAAGUCGUAUGGAACGAGUUGGAGAAAGAGAUUGAGAUGCAAAAGUUAGUUAGGAAGACGACGAGGAGGAAGAAGAAGAAGAAGAAAAGAUCAAUCAAGAUUAUAUACGGGAAAGGCGCGGCGUGCGUCUCUGGAGAAGCAGGGAUCGGCAAAACCGACCUGCUUCUCGAGUUCGCUUACAGGCACCACCAGAGGUACAAGAUGGUGCUCUGGAUAGGAGGCGAGAGCCGUUACAUCAGGCAGAACUACCUGAAUCUUUACCGGUACUUGGACGUGGACGUCGGGGCGGAGAACCGCCCCGACCGAACGCGGAUCAAGAGCUUCGAGGAGCAGGAAGAUACCGCGGUUUCGAGGAUCAGGAGAGAGCUGAUGAGGGACAUACCGUUCUUGCUCGUUAUCGAUAACUUGGAGACCGAAAAAGACUGGUGGGACUCGAAGCUAGUGAUGGAUCUUCUCCCUAGGUUUGGAGGACAGACUCACGUUUUGAUAUCGACGCGUCUCUCCGGAGUUAUGAACAUGGAGCCGUUAAAACUCCCUUACCUCUCUGCCGCCGAAGCUAUGGCAUUGAUGCAGGGGAAUGUUAAAGACUAUCCGGUUCUGGAGAUGGAUGCUUUGAGAGCGAUCGAAGAGAAGCUAGGGAGGUUAACUCUAGGGCUAGCUAUAGUGGGAGCUAUAUUGUCAGAGCUUCCUAUAAGCCCGAGCCGGCUUUUGGAUACUAUAAACAGAAUGCCUUUGAAGGAGAUGCCAUCAUGUAGUAGUGUGUUUCUGUUGCAGCUGUUUGAAGUGUGUUUUUCGAUCUUCGAUCAAGCGGAUGGACCGAGGAGGAGUUUAGCUACGAGAAUGGUCGUCGCGAGCGGGUGGUUAGCUCCCGGGCCUGUACCACCCUCUCUAUUAGCUUUGGCUGCUUGUAAGAAACACAGAGGAGGUCUGUGGAGAAGACUGAGACGAGCUAUAAGCUGCUGCGGGUUUGCGUCUUCGAACUCCAAGAGAUCAGGAGCUGAAGCUGCUUCCAUGUUGCUUAGGUUUAACAUUGCUAGAGCCAGUAACGUCAAGCUAGGGUUUAUAGAGAUACACGAGCUUGGGAGACUCUACGCAAGAAACAGAGGACUUGUGAACGAGACUGCUCCUGCGAUGGUCCGAGCCGUGAUAAGCCGCGGCUGGAGCGUUGAAACAGCAGAUCAGAUAUGGGCGGUUUGUUUCUUGCUCUUCGGUUUCAGCAACGAAGCUCCGAGUAUUCAGCUUAAGAUAACAGAGCUGCUGUUCCUUGUGAAGCAAGUAAUCCUGCCUCUAGCGAUUAGAACAUUCGUGACGUUUUCGCGGUGCGGUGCAGCCGUGGAGCUGCUCAGGGUCUGCACAAACGCGUUAGAAGCGGCUGACCAAACGCUGGUUAAACCCGUGGAGAAGUGGAUAGACAAGUCGCUUUGCUGGAGGAGAUCUGUUCAGACGAGCGCACAGCUGAACCCUGUUCUAUGGGAAGAACUUGCUUUGGCUCGAGCCACCGUGCUGGAGACUCGAGCUAAGUUGACGCAACGUGGCGGGCAGUUCGGUGUGGCUGAUGAUCUAAUCAGAAAAGCAAUUUUCAUCAGAACUUCGAUCUCUGGGGAAGAUCAUCCUGGGACUGUGUCGGCUAGAGAGACAUUGAGUAAGUUAACGAGGCUUUCAUCUAAUGUUCAUCAGAGUCAUAACACUUCACCGUAAUAGAGACAGAGAGAGAGGUCUUUAGGGGUAUCUCUUGUUGCAAAAGUUAAAAAGGUUAGAGUUCCUUAUUUUUUUUCAUAUAUCAUUAUUUUAGACAUAGGAGCUAGAUUUAUACAGAGGGUCUAGUAAGUAAGUAUAAGUUAUGUCUUAUUCUGUAUCUUGUUUCUGAUGUAAAAUAAUCAAAAGAUUAAAAACACAGAAGGAGAAUUCAAAGCU